AUGAAUUUAAAAGCAAUCAACUCACAUAUAAAAUAAAUGUUAUAGAAAUAUGAUUUAUAAAAUUAUUUUAAUUUUUUCAUGUAGCAGGUUGUUGAGCAUUCUAUAAACGUUCGAAAUGUUAAACACUUAAUUUCAAUUAAGGAAUAUGAGUUUUUAGUAUUGUAUAAAAUGCUUAAGUGCAUAGAAGAACUAGCAUAAAUAUUGUUAGUAUGCUUGUUUUGCUCUAAAUAAAUUAAAAUAAGCACAAAGGGAGCAUUAUUAGAAAAUUAAAGCUGUAUAUUAAUGCAUAAAGUAUGUUAGAAGUAUGAUAUAGGGGAGACUCUUUCUAUUUUAAGACUCUUAGUAUAUUUUUUGCAUUCAUUGGGACAUUGCAGAAUGUAGCAUAUCUAAGGAUGUAAAUAUUUUCUGACCCAGACUAGCUAUGUAAAAUAGCUAUGA